AUGGUUGUAGAAAAACAAAACACAAUAUACUCUCAGCUACAACCGUGGAGUUCCGCCUUUGCACCUCCAUGUGUUGAACCGGUUUCAGGUCCAUCUGUACCAAAAAGAGUCGGAAUUUCUUAUCAGACUACAAAACCACAUCCAUGGCGACCAACUCUUACAUAUGAAUUACUUGAACCAAAUCAUUUACCAGAACAGUCAAUAACAAAUAGCCUUGUAAAUACAUGUUUUAUGCCAACAGGAAUGCUAACAGAACCAAUAUUAUUUCCAAAUUUUGUAACAGGAUUUGAAAGAAAUCCGCAAAAUGCAGCCCGGGCGGCCUUAUAUACGAGAUAUACACAAAGUGAAUGGUCACAAAAUACUGCAUCACUUUAUUCGGCAUCUAAUUCGAAUCGAAACAAUUCAGAACGCUUACGAAACCAGUGCAUUAAAUUAAUGACGGAAUGUGAUGAGAAAUGUGCAGGUGGACAAAGGGAUUCAAGUCGUCGUCUCGGUGAACGUAUUACAGAUGUAACUUUUUGGAGAAAUGAACUAAAUUCUGAGUUAGAAAAAUUAAUGGCAGAAAUAAAUACUUUUUCAAAUGUAAAACAACAAGUCGUUAAAGCAAUACAAGAUUUAGAAACCCCAUUACAUAUAGCUCAAGAAUGUUUAUAUCAUCGUGAAACUCGUAAAGGACAAGAGAAAGUUCAUGAUGAUGCUGAAAAAGCUUUACUUUUAGAAAUUGAUAACAUAAGAAAUCAACAAUCAAAAUUAGAGUCUCUUUAUUCACAAAUUAAGAAACAACUUCAAAAUUGUAGAGCAGCACAAUUCGCUCUUGAAGAAGACAUUACGCGAAAGGAUUCAGCAUUAGGUAUUGAUUCAACAUGCCAUCAGUUAAAUGAUUUCAGUCGUGGUAUUAAUUAUUAUGGUGGCAUCGAAAAAUAUGAUCCAAAUAUUACAAAUACUGAAUCAUGGUCAAUUUCAUGUGGACAACGUGUGCAUAGCUCUCAACAGGAACGUAGUAAAACAACACAAUUAAGAACUGAUAUUGAACAAAUUAUUAAUUCUGUAGCUAAUUCAAUUUGGGAUCAUUGGGCAAAUACAAAUAUUGCUUUAUCACGUAGAGGACAAGAAAUUGAAAAUGCAAAAAAUCAAAUAUUAGAUCAUUUGCACAAAGUUCAAAAAGAAAUUUUCGAUUUACAAAAAUAUAUAGACCUAAUAUUAAAAACUAUACAAAAUAAAUCGGUUGGAUUAAUGGUAGCUCAAACACGUCUAGAAGCGAGAUCACAUCGUGAAGGUAAUGAAUUAUGUAAAGAUGGAGCACAAAUUAGAUUAGUAGAUGAAGUAAAAGAUACUCAAGAAUCAGUUACUAAAUUAGAUAAAUUUUUACAAGAAUCUGAAGCUCAACUUCAGGAGCUAUUAAAAACAAGAAAUAAUUUAGAAAGUAGUUUAGCAGCCAAAGUGAAUGCAUUAUUUAUUGAUCGUGAGAAAUGUUUAGGUAUGAGAAAAUCUUUUCCAAUGAAUAUUUUAAUAAAAUAUUAA